GUACUUUACUUAACGAUUUAUUUUUCAGUCGACCUUUUACUUUUAUUCAUUAAAUGCACGAAUAUCUGUAUUUUCUACUUUCGUAUGUUUUUAAACAAGACUCGUUUCUUUAGUUUUAAUCUAUUUGGUGAUAUGAUCGAUAUUUUUCUUCACACUGCGCACCACUUUCAGCACACCAACCUAUUUCUUGUCAAUGAGCUUCAAUCUACCACUGGCUGUUUGUUUGUUUGUUUGUCCUUUUUUAUUUUUUAGUAACAUUUAUUCAGGUUAGUUUCAGUCUCACAUUCAAACAGAACAGAUGUAGGCUAGUUUACUAAGCUAAUAAUGAGCAGGCAGAAAGCAACAAAAAGUAUGGGGUAAGAAAAUGUGAAGUUUUUUUGUAUUAUUAUAGAAAUAUGAUUUGAGGUCCAAUUUUCAGUGUGACACUAAAACAGGUAUUUUUUCCAUACUUAGAUACAUGUAAGAACCCAAACCUCUUUACUUUUAGUCAGUACUUGAGUUUUUAACAUAGUUUCUUUAAACUUGAGUAUCUGUACUUUUACUUGAGUGAACAAUAUGUGUACUUUCGCCAUCUCUGAUCCCUAAAGAAAAAUUAUAUCCAGAAAAGUUAAAAUUUACCAAAUUAUCAGCUUUAUUUAACUGUAAAGAUUACCUCCAGUAGCUAUAUGUUUAUUUGCAAGAUUCCUCUCUUGUUAUGCCUUAAAUUAUUAUUAUCUCAAAAAAAUGUAAAGAUGAGUGAGUGAACCGUGAGAUAUUUCUGCGUUUGUUGUGCGCAGACUCGUCGCUCAUAAACGUGCUUUCGAAUGGUGGGGGAACAGGAAGUCGUAAGUAUUGUGGGACGUGUAGUUCCGCUUUUAGGCCGUUGCAUUUGAUAACAGCGCACGAAGGAGAUCAACAAAACAAAAUCCGGUGAAACUUGAGUGAGAUUUAUGUGAAGAGGGAAAUAAAAACGCUGCGCCGCCAUGCCAGGCUUCACGUGCUGCGUGCCUGGGUGCUAUAAUAACUCGCACCGGGACCGCGAGCUCCGGUUCUACACCUUCCCGAAAGACCCGACUCAGCGGGAGAUCUGGCUGAAGAACAUCUCCCGGGCCGGAGUGAGCGGCUGCUUCAGCACCUUCCAGCCCACUACCGGACACCGCGUGUGCAGCGUGCACUUCCCCGGGGGCAGGAAGACCUACACGAUCCGAGUUCCGACGCUCUUCCCGUUACGCGGCGUGAACGAGAGGAGAAGUCGGCGCGGCAGGGGCAGGAAGGUGUACGCUGCGUCUGCGCCUGCGCCCAUUCUCACCAGCGUCGGCGCAAUCCACAGCGAGGCACAGGGCGAGACCGAGUUCGUGGUGCAGAUCGGACAGAACGGCCAGUAUCUCUCAACCGCUUCUGCCGUGUCCUCAUCCUCAUCCGCAUCGUCGACCUCCGGAUCCUCAUCGUUAUCACUUACAGCAGCCACAGUAACAGCGGACGGCUCGUGCUCAGUGCCGUCGCUCAAGUCCGAGGAAGCCACCGAGGUGGUGGUGACGGUGGUACCAGAUCAACCCGGUCCGUACCUGGCGCUGUGCGGAGAGGAGCACUCAUACUCCCUGACCACCGGCACGACAUCAGCCGAGCUCCUGAGGAAACUCAACGAGCAGCGCGACAUCAUCGCCCUCAUGGAGGUGAAGAUGAAGGAGAUGAAGAACACAAUCCGCCAGCUGCGCGUCAACGAAGCGCGUCUGCAGGAGGAGCUCCGCGAGCGCGACCGUGUGCUCUCCGGUAUCGGUGCGGUUCGGAAGAAAGUCUGACCCCCUCCAAAAACAAAAAAAAAUAUUAAUUAAAAAGUACAAACUGGACCGAAACAGAAUAAUGUGUAACAGAGGGAGAGGAAGGCUGCAUUUUUGUUUUGAAUUUUCAGUGUUUCAGAAAAAAAGGAGUGAUGUGUCAAAAACUAUACGACAAAAAGGUUAUCACGGUAAUAUCGUGGAAUUUUCACAUCGUGGUGUUUUUAGCUUCGAUAAGCAACUGUGAGUGUUGUGUGAAGCAUCAGUGACGUCAUGAAACUAACUUAUAAACAUGCACGUGUAGGAAAAUAAGGACACGCCCUCGUGAAUCCCCGCCCCCUAAUAUCACUAAUUUAAUCAGAGGUGUAUUAGGGGAAAUAUGUCAAUACAAACAUUUUGAUUCAUUUCAAUUUGGUCCUCUAUUGGAGUUACACUUUCGGACAAUAACAACAACAAAAAAAAAAGAUACUGUCUUCCAGUGUCUAUAAUCAAGGUCAGUUAUGGUUCACUGAUCUACAUUUUCGGUCACUACAGCCACAAUUCCAGGUAGAAAUAUAUGGACUAAAGGUACCAAACAUGUUCUUGUCACAGUUCCAUCUCACAAGGAAAAAGUACAUUCAAGUUCCCUUUUUUUUUUUUGUCAUUUUCUAUGUCUGUGUGACAGUUACUUGUCAUGACGAAUCAACGUUCCAUUUUCGACCCAAAAAAUGGUUCGGGAAGAUCAUAACUUAUUAAUCUGUAUGUUUAUUCAAAUUCUGAACACACACACACACACACACACACACACACACACACCUGACAUCCCCCAGUGAGUCAUGAGUCAUGGUUUGUGGUGCUUUUGUGACAGAUUUAUCUUUAACAGCAGACAAACGUGUAGGAAGAGAACACAGAUUUUACCGUAGCAACCUGCAGCCUAUUAAAGAAGAUAAGUGUGUUUAAGACAUAAAAACAGCGAGUGCAGAACAUACUACAGCCUACAAUAGAGUUUUUCCUAAACUUUUAAUCUAUUUGCUUUUCCUUUUUUUUUAUUUUUUUUUUUUUAAGUGGUCUCGACUUUUCAUGAUUGCCAGCAUAUAUAUAUAAAUCCGUGUAGUCUUCACUUUCCCUCAGACUGUUCCAUCUUUAUACAAAUUUCAUUAUUUUCUUCGUUUAACCUCCUGUUUGUUGCCAUAUUUUGAUACGAGUGGAAAGAUCCGAGGAUUUGAUCCGAAUAUGCAAAUCUUCACUGUUUGUUAAGAAGAACUGAGGAUUUGGAGUUGAAAAAAAAAAGAAAGAGCGAGAGAUUUCAAACAAGUAUAUUUUUUGAUGUAGUGAUUCUUUAAUAUUUUCAGGCGCUUGUGUUAUUCCUAUUAAAAAAUGUUGUGUUUUUAUUUUUUAUUAAAUUCUUGGGAAAACCUUA